UAACCCCUUCUCCUCGAAACAUCAAUACGCCCUGCCGCCGUAUUAAUGAGAAUCAAAAUUUUGAGGUGGCCGAGGUUGCCGGGCCUUAUUUUGCUCCCAACUUUUUUUUUCAGUUUCUAUUAUUUAGAACUCCCAGCCCAGGCCCAGUAUCAGUCCAUGGAGAGUGGAGACCAUCCUUUUUGCUUUCUAUAAGCAACAAAGAAAGGAUUUGGGCUUCAUUCCCAGAAUGCUCACAAGUCAUAAGCCCUGCAAAAAUGCUUGGAUUAAAGAAGCUUGCAGCUAUGCCUCUAUGCGCAUGCAAUGCGUCGAUGACGACUCCAUAAUCCUCCUAACAAACUGCACCUCCCGAGGCAGGCACAAUAUUCAAAACCUAUCCUUCUAUCUCUUGCUUUUAUCAACAACUUGCGUCACCUUUGAUUAUUUGUUGCGCCCGCGGCACAUACAGCCAUGCACUGCAAUUCCUAUUGCGAUAACUCUCGAUGCUUCAAUCCACUUGGCCAACCUCCUUCCUUUAUAUAUUUCCGCCUUCCCUCACGCCUCCUUCAGCUUAAAAUACAAAUACAGAGUCUAAUUACCGAAAAGGAAAGCAAAGAUGAUGAGUGUUGGUAGCUACUAUGCACCACCCACCGCGAAGUCUGGUGGUGCCUAUGACGCUCCUGAAGGGGUGGACAUUCGCGGUCGCUAUGAUGAAGAGUUCGCCAAGAUACUUACCAGGGAUGCAUUGCAAUUCGUUGCGGAUUUGCAACGACAGUUUAGAAACCGCAUCAAGUAUGCAAUGGAGUGUCGAAGGGAAGCCAAGAGGAGAUACAAUGAGGGGGCGUUGCCUGGAUUUGAUCCGGCAACAAAGUAUAUAAGGGAGGGGAACUGGACUUGUGCGGCUGUCCCUCCGGCUGUGGCUGAUCGGAAGGUGGAGAUUACUGGCCCAGUGGAGAGGAAAAUGAUCAUCAAUGCUCUCAACUCGGGAGCUAAAGUUUUCAUGGCCGACUUUGAAGAUGCUCUCUCACCAAGCUGGGAGAAUUUGAUGAGAGGACAAGUUAACUUAAGGGAUGCUGUCAAUGGGACCAUAAGCUUCCAUGACAAGGACAGGAACAGAGUCUACAAGCUCAAUGAUCAGACAGCUAAGCUCUUUGUCCGCCCACGAGGCUGGCAUCUACCCGAGGCUCACAUUCUCAUUGAUGGUGAACCUGCAACUGGUUGCCUUGUGGAUUUUGGCCUCUAUUUUUAUCACAACCACGCUCCAUUCCGCAGGACCCAGGGUGCAGGCUACGGCCCUUUCUUCUAUCUCCCUAAGAUGGAACAUUCAAGGGAAGCAAAGAUAUGGAACUGUGUUUUCGAGAGGGCAGAGAAGAUGGCAGGAAUAGAAAGAGGAAGCAUUAGGGCAACUGUUCUAAUUGAAACACUUCCUGCUGUUUUCCAAAUGAAUGAAAUCCUAUAUGAACUAAAGGAUCACUCUGUUGGCCUGAACUGUGGAAGAUGGGAUUACAUUUUCAGCUAUGUCAAGACAUUCCAGGCUCAUCCAGAUCGCUUGUUACCAGACAGGGUUCAAGUUGGCAUGACUCAACACUUCAUGAAGAGUUACUCUGAUCUCCUUAUCUGGACUUGCCACAGGCGUGGUGUGCAUGCCAUGGGAGGCAUGGCAGCUCAAAUUCCGAUUAGGGAUGACCGAGAGGCAAAUGAGACGGCUCUAGAACUGGUGAGGAAGGACAAGCUAAGAGAGGUCAGAGCAGGACAUGAUGGAACAUGGGCAGCACACCCAGGACUUAUCCCAGCCUGCAUGGAAGUAUUCACAAACAAUAUGGGAAAUAUCCCCCACCAGAUUCAGGUCACGAAACGAGAAGAUGCUGCAAAUAUAACAGAGGAAGACCUGUUACAGAGGCCUCGAGGAGUGCGUACAAUGGAGGGUCUCCGCCUGAACACCAGGGUUGGGAUCCAGUACUUGGCUGCAUGGCUCACUGGAACAGGCUCAGUGCCUCUUUACAACCUGAUGGAAGAUGCUGCCACUGCUGAGAUUAGCAGAGUCCAGAAUUGGCAAUGGUUGAAGUAUGGAGUGGAAUUGGAUGGAGAUGGGCUUGGAGUGAAAGUGGGUUAUGAUUUGUUUUGGCGAGUGGUGGAAGAAGAGAUGGCUAGGAUUGAAAGAGAGGUGGGCAAGGAAAAGUUCAAGAAGGGAAUGUACAAGGAGGCUUGCAAGAUAUUUACCAGGCAAUGCACGGCUCCAACGCUGGACGAUUUUCUGACCUUAGACGCCUAUAAUAAUAUUGUAACCCAUUACCCAAAGGGAUCUUCCAGGCUCUGAACAAGUUUCAUUGCAAUUUCUCAUUCUAGUAUUCGCUUUUGCCUGUCUGUACUAAUCUGCUACAAAUAAAUGAUAAUCCAUUGUGAUUUUACUGUUGUUUCCACUAUGCAUAUAAUCUGAAAACAUUAGAGUGGAGACAAUAUUAUGCAAUGGGAGGCCUGGUAAUUUAAGCCAA